AUGCCAAAAAUGAGUCAGGCAGCAAAUCUGGUGUCUCAGCUUUUUAAAAAGGAAAUGUCGACCACGGAUUCAGCAACUUGCAGUAUAUGUAAAAUCAGUAUCGGUGCACGAACAGAUGAUCAUUCAAUCAGACCUAUCAUGUCACCGUGUUUGUGCAAAAAGCCAGUUCAUCGAGGAUGUGCUGCCGAUGUGUUAAGAGAUAAGAAACGUUGUCAGGAGUGUAGGAAACGGUACGCGUAUUAUCAGUAUGGAACGUUCUGUGAUUACGUUUGGCGAUAUCCCUGCAGAACGACAUUACCGAUACUGUUCUAUCUAUUUGCAUUUGUCUGUAUUGUUCACAAAAUUUACGAGACCGAUAUGAUCAAUCCGUCAUUUAAAAAUUACCUCAUUCUACUACGUUCAGAAAUUCUAGUACUUUUGCUGGUUUCUAUAGUACUUAUACCCUGUAUGUUUUAUAUUUAUGGUUUUGCGCGGAAAAAUUUUGUGAAACAGCACGGACAAGUAGUUGCGCUUGAACGAAUAUCAGCACCAAAAAUUAUUAACAACAAUAACUUGCAGCAAACUACCUGUUCAAGUACAUUGAAUGGCAGCAUGCAUGUUCAUCACUCUAAUCAAACCUCAAUUAAUGUACCAACAAAUUUGACCAGUGGAAACUGUUUAGCUGCCAGUACACCAUUACCGACCAAGAUAGGUAAACCAGAAGUUUAA